GCUUGUUUGUUCAUAGCCCAAUCAUCGAAUAAAAUCGAAUAAGGAUUGUGGGGGGGCCCAGAGGUCACCACGUUCAUGAUUCAUUCAACAAUAAAUGAGAAACUAUCGAAACAUUGUAAGCUCAGUACAAACAGCUACUAAUUUAGUACAAACAACCGAAUUAGUUUAUUUCUCGAAAGAAAAUCACCUGUUGGCUAUUUAUAUAACGAAUAGAAAAAAAAAUUGAACUGAAGUGCUGUCGCAGGAUUGAAAACUCGGCCUGAGGGUAGCCACGUGAGGAAUCAAUGAACUCAGAAUUUCACGUCGGUUUUUAAACAAUAUUUACUUGAAUCGCCGAAGCAGUGAUACCCCUGAUUACCCUACACCUAUUAAUUAAUUAACUAUAACGUGUUUUGGACGAUAAACGUUUUGUGACAUUAGUUAAGAUUUAUUGAAGUGACUUCAAGACCUCGAGGGGAAUGUUUAUUUGUUUUCCAUAGGUUAACUCAAGCCACGAGAUGAACAGUCGAUCAAAGGACAUCAUCUCAUUCUCGUCUAAGAAAUGGUACGACGAGUACCCGAAGACCCCAGGUCCCCAGGAUCCAAACAAAACCGAAGUAGAGAUCCUCGACCUGAAAACCGAGGCUAAAAGGCACUUGGAAGCGGAAACAGCAGCUUAUCAGCUAAAAAAAUCCAAAAUCAAAGACUCGGAGUAUGACUGGUUGAAGACUGCCUCCCAACGGGGAACCCUGAAGGACAAAGUAGCCGCCUCAAUCCUCCUCAUCCAGGAGAACCCAAAGUACAAUCUUGCCCGUCUGGUGGCUCUCGUGGCCCAGGUGAAGAGCCUCUUCAAGGUCUUCAAGCAAGGGGAGCAGGAAAGAGCCUCCAAGAAGCAAUCCUUAAUCAACGAUGUCAGGGAUCUGUUCCUGGAAGACCUUCUCCACCCCGAGUUCAAGCUCCUCAAGUUCGAGGAGCAGAAGCUCUCGGAAUUGCCAUCAGUCAACGACUUCGAGGCACCAAAAAACCAGAAGUUCAUUCCCAGGAGUCGACUGAUGGCUCACUGGUACUUCGAGGAUCAGCUGAAGGAUCAGUACGAAAAAUUGUUGACUUCCCUGUCAUCAGUGGCUGCUGAUAACGUCGAAACUAAUCGUGAAAAAGCCGUUGGAGUGAUGACUGAUCUUCUCAUAUCGAAUCCUGAGCAGGAGCAGAUGAUUCUUGACUUUCUGGUGAAUAAAAUUGGUGAUCCCAAGUCCAAGGUCGCUGCGAAGUCUGUUUUCUGUCUGAAUAAAUUACUUCUAGAGCAUCCCAACAUGAAGCUGGUGGUAUUGAAGCGAAUUGAAAAGCUCCUGUUCAGGUCCAAUGUCGCCCAGAGGGCUCAAUACUACGCAAUUUGCUUAUUGAGCCAGUUCGUCCUGGAGAAGGGGGACACAGAGGUUGCGACAACACUCAUUGACGUUUACUUCGCUUUCUUCAAAGCUUGUUUGAAGAAGGGCGAACCCGACAGCAGAAUGAUGGCCGCCAUUCUGGCAGGGGUCAACAGAGCCUAUCGGUUUGCCGAUCUGGAGACCAUCAAGAUUCAUGAACAUAUUGAUUCAGUUUACAGGGUCGUUCAUGUGGGGUCUUUCAAUGUCGCGUUGAAUGCACUAGGACUGUUGCAUCAGGUAACUAGCAAUAACCCAAGCCAAGAGAACCGUUUCUACACAGCUUUCUACAAGAAGCUCCUGGAUCCCCAGAUAGGAACAGUCUCCAAACGUGCAAUUUUCCUGAACCUCCUCUACAGAGUAAUGAAAUCCGACAAAAACACGUCUCGUGUCUACGCAUUUGUAAAACGAAUUCUGCAGGCCUCGAUGUAUUUCCCCGCCUGCAUGGCCUGCGCGACACUCUACUCAGUCUCCCAGCUGUUCAAAACGCGAAAGGACCUCAGGCAGAUGAUCCUGAAGCGUCCAGUGGUCAUAAAAAUCGAGAAGGAGGAGUGCGAGACCUCCUCAACCCAAGAAGAAUCUCCCACGACCUCUGAAAACUCUGGAAGCAAAAGCAAGAAGCCAGAGGACGAGGGGAAGAACCAGGAAGAUGAUGAGUCAGACGAUGAUGACGAGGUUCAGCAUGUGACGGACAGCAUUGUCCUCUCGAACGUUGUAUCAGCACCACCAGAGCCUUCGGACCCCGAGGAAGGCGACAAAAAGGACAUUGUUAAGAUCGAAGAGGACACAAAUCCCUUCUAUGAUCCCUUCGCAAUGAACCCCUUGAGGUCUGGAGCAGUGAAGUCAUCUCCAGCUGAACUCAUCGCCCUCUACUCCCACUUUCAUCCGAGUGUCUCCCUCUUUUCGCAGAAAAUGAUCGAGGGAAAGGCCGUAGACUACUCCGGGGAUCCUCUGGAGGAUCUCACGUUGAUCAGAUUUCUGGACAGGUAUGUGUUCAAGAAUCCGAAGAAGCUGGAGGCGAAGAAAGUGUCCAAGGCGAAUGAUCCUCUGGCUGUUCGAGGACAGUACACACCCAAGGGCCUCAGGACUCUGUCUGUCGACAGCGCAGCGUAUCUCAAUGAGAGGGAGGAACGCAUUCCUGUGGAUGAGCUGUUUCUUUAUAAGUUUCUGAAGAGGAGAAAUGAGGCCAGGGGGGUCAAGGAGGAGGAGGACGAUGUCAGUGACAAUGACAGUGUUAAUAGUGAGGAGUUCAAUGCCAUUAUGGAUAAUUUGAAGGGAAAGGAUUUCGAGGAAUUGGAUAUUGCUGGAGAUAUUGGAGCUCAAAUUAAGAGAGGUGGUCUCAAGAACAUUGAAAACGACGAGGAUCAAGACGAUGACGACGACGGAUCUGAAGCUGUAGAAGGUAGUGACGAAGACACGGAAUUCUACAACGAUGAUGGCGAAUCCUUGGAUGAAGCUGACCUUGGUGACGACAGCGACUUGGAUCUCGACGAACUCGACGAUGACGCCAGUGAUAUGGAGUUCAAUGACUCAGACGACGAAGGCCCACCCUUGAAUACCAAGGGGUCCAAGAAGUCCAAGGAUAACAAUCCUUUCCAGAAGUCGAUGAAGAACAAAGGAAUGGAUAACGUCUUCAUGUCUGCGGAGGAAUUCGCGGAGAUGCUGGAGGAACAGGGGAAAUCGAAACACAAGUCUGGAGGAUCCAAUACACUCAGAGAUGCUGAUGGAGCCAGUGCUAAGCAAAUUGAUUGGGAGAUUAAUCGACAUCAGAAAUUAUCUGGGAAAUUUGGGGGAAACAAACGGAAAUUCAGUCAUAAAAAUGGAUUUCAAGGUCAGAAACACGGUAAAAAGUUCAAAAGGAAGAACUAAUGUAAUCGAGUAAUGAAUUGGAAAGAAUUCAAUUGUUGAGUGUUUUUUUAUUUUUUAAAAACAAUGAACUAGUUUUUGGAGUUCGAAAAUUCUCUGCGGAUUAUUUCAAAAACGGAAAGUCCAGAUAAAAUUGUUAAAAGGAUAAUCUUUUUGUGAUUUGCAAUUUGUAUUGAGAAUUUUUAUUGCGGUUUAACAAAUAAAUAUCUCGUGAAAAAAAACUCCAAGAAAUCUUUUUUGUAAAAAUUUUAAUGGUAAUUCAAAAAAGUCAACUACAGCAGGAAAAAUCUGACGUUUGCAAAAAAUUUGUUGGCCUGCGAUUUUCUUUCGCGUCUUUCAAAUUAAAUAAAGUAAAAAUUAAAAAAUUGAAAUUUAUGUCUACUUACCUUCAUUAAAUCCUCAGUCCUCAUUAAGUCUCGCCAAUAAUUAACAGAUCAAUGACUUCACAAGACAAUGUUUUGCCUUUUUACAUGUCAAUGGUAUUUAUUUUACAGUAGAAGUUUUGGAAAUGUAUUUAUAAUAAAUCGAAAGAAAAAAAAUUUCCGCACCUUCCACAACUUAAAAAAAAUAAAGUAAACAAAUCCAGAGCUCUCGUUUGUACUAAACAUUAAUGAAAUAAUUUUUAAUGAUAAAAUUUAUAAACGUUGAAAAAUGUUGAGAUAUCUCACGUCAUCCUGCGGAGAUAAUCCUCAUUCUACUGCAUCAAUGAUACUCAAUUUUUUGGAAAAAAAUGUCUUACCUAUUCAACUCUAAAUUAAUGUACUAAUGAAUAAUUAACCUAGGAUGAAACGACCUUUGUUAAUCAAUGAACAUAUCUCUAGUCCGUUGAAUUUCAAAUUACCAAUUUCAAAAUAAAAAAAAUAA